AUGUUAUUAGAGGACGACCAUUUGAUAAUUCGGGGGAUGGAUCCUGUAUUUAGACAUUAUACACACUCAUGGAAGAACUAUUUGUUUUUAAGAUGCAGAUAUAGGUCAGAUGAAGUUAAGGUAUUGGUUGUUGGCGAUAGUGGUGUUGGAAAAACCUCACUUCUCAUUACAUAUGUAACCGACUCCUUUCCUCACCAGUAUAUUCCGUCUAUAGCAGAUUUUGACCACCAUAUUAUUGGAACAGUGGAGGGACAGAAUAUUAAUUUGACAUUAUGGGACACAGGCGGCGGUGAGUACUAUGAUAGACUCCGACCUUUAAGCUACUAUGGAAGAGAUAUAAUCUUGCUGUGUUUUGACAUUAGAGAUGAUUCCACACUUCUCAGUGUAAAAGAAAAGUUUAUACCUGAUCUUGAUAAACAUGUACCUAACAUUCCUCGAAUACUUGUAGGCUGUAAAUCAGAUCUUCGGAUAACAGAACCGAACUCUUGUGUUGAUAAAGACCAAACAGAAAGGUCUGCAAAUGCUUUAGGACUGCAUUAUUUCGAAACCAGUUCAGUGAAGGGACAUGGGCUGCAAACGUGCUUUGACAAAGCUAUGCGUAUGGGUCUAGACUACAGUAGAUUGCCAAGAAAGGGAAAACAAAAACUCUACCAUAGUACACCCAAGAAGAUGAUCCCUCCUGUCAAACCCAUUAAAGAAAAACCUCCAACAUUUGUUUGGGAAAAAUCGACUUUUGCUGAGGACUGGCUACAGAUGUUAAACAAUCCUAAAUAUUCAGAUGUUAUGUUUCUGCUUGGAGGAGGACGACAUGAAUGUGAAGCUCAUAGUAUAGUCCUUUCCUCAGCGUCAGAAUUAUUUUGUCGGAUAAUCAGAAAUCAUAAAUAUUCUGGUUCGGUCGGAACAUCGGAAGAUACGAUUUUCGAUAAAGUAGAGGGAAUAGAUACAAUAUUCGGCACCAAGCACAUUGAUGGUAGAAAUAUAAUUACAAUUGAGAUCAAUCACACUUUUGAAGCUGUAACAUUUAAGCAGUUGCUAACAUUUUUGUAUACAGGUGAUCCCGGUACCAUUCUAGAGACAUACAAAACAGAACAAUUGACAGAAUUACGAAGAGCAGCUGAUACAUUUAAGCUACCAUACUUAAAUAAUAUUUGUCUCAAUAUUGAAAAUGACGAACAGUUUUUGAAUAAAAGUAUAGCCGAAUACUUGAACAGGGGAACUGGACAACGGAUGAAGGAAUUAUAUUUUAAUCAAACAACUGACUGUGAUAUUAAAUUUGAAGUAGAAGGUGAACAUAUCACUGCCAGUACAGUAGUUUUGUACUGCAGAUGUCCAGUAUUUGCAGAUAUGUUAUCGAUGGAAUCUGAAAAUGAAAACGUCGAGUCACCAGAGAUACAACUGCCUGACACACAUCUAUGUAGUUUUCUUGCUCUCUUAGAAUUCCUUUAUACUGACCACGCUUCGAUAUGUGAUGUUAAUGGUACUGGACUGUUGCGUAUUGCAGAUAAAUAUGGAAUAUCAAAACUUGUCAACUAUUGUGAAAUUUAUAUCAUUAACAUGCUAGAUAAACUGACCAAAUCUUCCAGUGAUUAUGCUGUACAGGAUAUUAUAGACGCUCUAUUGACAGCUCAGGCUUUCAAUGCAGAACAGUUGACAAGGUGGUGUUUACACACUAUUUCAACAAAUUACGAUACCUUUCAAAACACGGAACAGUUUUCUCAGCUCAGUGACCAAACCAAGAAACACAUUGAAACAAAUCGCUGGCCACCAUUGCCCUAUUUACAAGAUUUUGAGAGAUUUGAGCGUCGGAGGCAACGUAGAAAAUGCUCAAUUUUAUAAUAAUGUGCAAUUUUAAUUGUUAAAAAUAUAUUUAUGACGUUACAAUUCUGGUGAUAAUGAUAAGAACAUUUUUAUAUGACUUUAUUUACGCAUUAUUACUUAUAUCUAAAUCUCCUACCUCAUAAUAGCCUAAAUAUCUUUUAUUAAAGAAUACGUAAUUUAAUCAAGUUUUUUUUUAUCAGUUUUAACAUUUUUCACUGGACAACAUUAAAUUGUAUAAUUCAGUACAAUGCUAUUGAUAUAUGCGCAUUUGCGACAUUUAUAUCUAAAAAAAAGUCUAAACCAUUAUAUAAAGGUUCGUGCGAAACUAAGGUUCCAAAACCCAAAUAUAUAUAUAUAUAUUUUUUUUAAAUCGAAAUCUAUAGCUGAAAGGAAUAAAAGAGGGGCGACAGAUACCAGAGGAACAUUAAAACUCAUAAGAACAUUUUUAUAUGACUAUAUUUACGCAUUAUUAUUUAUAUCUAAAUCUCCUACAUCAUAAUGGCCUAAAUAUCUUUUAUUAAAGAAUACGUAAUUUAAUCAAGUUUUUUUUUAUCAGUUUUAACAUUUUUCACUGGAGAACAUUAAAUUGUAUAAUUCAGUACAAUGCUAUUGAUAUAUGCGCAUUUGCGACAUUUAUAUCUAAAUAAAAGUCUAAACCAUUAUAUAAAGGUUCGUACGAAACUAAGGUUCCAAAACCCAAAUAUAUAUAUAUAUUUUUUUUUUAAAUCGAAAUCUAUAGCUGAAAGGAAUAAAAGAGGGGCGACAGAUACCAGAGGAACAUUAAAACUCAUACAUCGAAAAUCAACUGAAAAACGCCAAGGCUAAAAAUGAAAUAGACUAACAGAAAAAUAGUACUCAAGAUACAACACAGAAAACAUAAGACUUAAGCAACAAGAACCCCACCAUAAAACUAGGGUGAUUUCAUGUGCUCCAGAAGGAAAAGCAGAUCCUGAUCCACAUGUGUCACCCGUCUGUGUAAGAUUGUAGCUAGGUUGUCAAUAACUUGGGGGUUGGCCGUAGGUGCUCCAGUAGGUAAAGCACAUCCUGCUCCAUGUGGCACCCGUCUGUGUAAGAUUGUAGCUAGGUUGUCAAUAACUG